AUGAUCCAGCGAUAUAUUAACAAGCUCAAUGAGUUGAAAGCCCGAAACCACGAGAUGUGGCCCAUGCGUGACAUGAUCUGGAGUGGGUGCCACUUUCGUUUCGGACGGAUCAGAGAGCAAACUCAACAUUACUCGGAAGAUCACAAAGUCGUCAAAGAAGCAGACUAA